AUGCAGAUCUCGUCUCGCAGCAGCUCCGGAGGCUUCUCUAUGGUAGGAGGAAGCUCCGGAGGCUUCUCUAUGGGGGGAGGAAGCUCCGGAGGCUUCUCUAUGGGGGGAGGACUCUUCGGAGGCUCCUCUAUGGGCGGAGGACGCAUGAGCUCCUUCAGCAUGAGCGGGGGAGCCGGAGGGAGCGGGGUGAAGGUGUCCACUGCCUUUCGGCAAUCAGGAGGAGCAGGCCAAAGCUGGGGCAGCGGAUUCGGGGCCGGGGCUGGGGCUGGGGAGAGUGCGGUCAUCAUUAACGAGAAGGCCUCCAUGCAGAACCUGAACGACCGUCUGGCUGUGUACCUUAGCAAGGUCAAGUCUCUGGAGACCGCCAACGCUGAGCUCGAGCUGAAGAUUCACCAGUUUGUGGAAAGUAGAGUGGGACCAGCCACAAGAGACUACAGCGGCUUCUACGGGACCAUCAGUGACCUGCAGGCCAAGAUUCUUGGCGCCAUCAUCGCUAAAGGAACCGUGAUCCUCAGCAUUGACAAUGCUCACCUGGCCCAGGAUGACUUCAGGGUCAAGUGGGAGAAUGAGCUGGCCAUGCGUCAGUCCGUGGAGGCCGACAUCGCGGGGCUGAAGAUGAUGUUGGGAGAACUGGGGAUGACCAAAGCCGACAUGAGUCUGCAGAUCGAUGGCCUGAAGGACGAGCUGGUGUCUCUGAAGAAGAACCAUGAAGAAGACCUGCUGGCCAUGCGCUCCCAGAUGAGUGGUCAGGUGAACGUGGAAGUGGACGCUGCUCCUCAGGAGGACCUCACCAAAGUCAUCGAGGAGAUUCGAGAACACUAUGAGGCCGUUGCCGCCAAGAACCAGAAGGAACUGGAGGGAUGGUACCAGAACAAGUCCGAGGUUCUGACCCAAGAAGUGACCACCACAGAAAUGACCCUGAAGUCAUCGACAUCAGAGGUCAAAGAAGUGAAGAGCGCUCUGCAGGCACUGGAGAUUGAGCUUCAGUCCAUGCUCAGUAUGAAAAUGUCUCUUGAAACCACACUUGCUGAGAUUCAGGCUAGAUAUGCAGGACAGCUCAGCAACUUCCAGAUGAGGGUCUCUUCUAUGGAGGAGCAGUUGGUCUCUCUUAGAGCUGACUCAGAGCGACAGGGGCAGGAGUACAGCAUUCUUCUCGACAUCAAGACUCGUUUGGAGAUGGAGAUUGCAGAAUAUCGUCGCCUGCUGGACGGAGAGGGGAUGGGCAGCGCUGUCUCUUCCUCCAUGUCCUCAUCCUCCAUGUCCUCGUCCUCCAUGAACUCGACCUCCUCAACCACUACUACCACAAAAAUCGUGACUGUAGUGGAGGAGGUCAUCUCAUAA